UGGUUCAACUGCUUAUUCAAAUAUAUGUAUAUAUUGCUUUGUCCAUCCGGCUUCUUCCUCUAGGGUUUUCAGGGUUUUGAAAUUCUGCCAAAGGGAAACCAUGGAUAGGUAUCAAAAGGUGGAGAAACCGAAGCCAGAAUCGCCGGUUAAUGAGAAUGAGAUUCGCAUCACAUCUCAGGGUUUAGUUCGUAACUACAUCAGCUAUGCCACCACUCUGCUUCAGGAGAGGCAAGUUAGAGAGAUUGUCUUAAAAGCAAUGGGCCAGGCAAUUAGCAAGACUGUGGCAAUUGCAGAGUUCAUAAAGAGAAGAGUUCCUAGAUUGUAUCAAGAUACCGCCAUCAGUUCAGUGAGCAUAACAGAUACCUUUGAACCCAUUGAAGAGGGCCUUCAGAUUGUGGAGCAGACACGCCAUGUCUCAAUGAUCACAAUUACCCUUUCUACUAAAGAACUUAACAAGAAUUCACCUGGGUAUCAAGCUCCAGUUAAUGUUGGUCAAACUAAACAGCAAUACAACUAUCAAUCACAGCAGCCAAUGCAACAGCAACCACCUAGACAAGCACGCGCUGUCUACAACACAGAUACAUAUGGGCGGGGAAGGGGCCGUGGCAGAGGGAGGGGAAGAGGCUGGAACAGGGGUGGUUAUGGAAAUUACAACUACUACCAAGACAAUGGGGGGUACUCGGGCGGUUAUUCAGGCGGUUAUUCAGGUGGUUAUUCAGGUGGCUAUUCUGGUGGAUAUUCGAACUGGGGGGGUAGAGGGGGUGGCGGUGGUCGUGGGGGUUGGGGUUAUCGCGGGACAGGAGCUGGAUAUGGUCGAGGCCGAGGUGCUGAUGGUGGUGGUGUAGGCGGCAGAGGCUACAGCCGUGGCCGAGGAAGGGUGGGCAACCGGCCAAGGGGCGGCGGCGGCGGGAUUCAAGCUUAGUUUGAAGGUUGUUUCUUGCUCUUUGCCUUGGUUUUGGUUUUGGUUUUCAAGUGGUGUUUCAAUGUUGAUCAUCGUCAUCGUCAUCAUCAUCAUCAAAGUAUUAUCGGUGUUGGGUUGGGGGCUUAUAAUAGUGUUGGGGUGAUGUGGGCUACAGUGCUGAAUCGUGUUUCUUUGCUGCUUUGGUUUUAUUUGUAAGCAAGCUUUGGUUUGGUUUUCAGAUUUUGUGGGUUUUUGUUUUUUAUUAAAGAAGUAAAAAGUUACGGGCAGAA